AUGAUGGCUAAGUGUGACCCGAGGCACGGGAAAUACAUGGCCUGUUGUUUGAUGUACCGUGGAGAUGUUGUUCCCAAAGAUGUUAAUGCUGCUGUUGGUACUAUCAAGACGAAGAGGACUGUUCAGUUUGUUGACUGGUGCCCUACCGGGUUCAAGUGUGGAAUCAACUACCAACCUCCAACAGUUGUUCCGGGAGGUGAUCUGGCUAAGGUCCAGAGAGCUGUAUGCAUGAUCAGCAACAACACAGCAGUUGCAGAGGUGUUCUCACGGAUCGACCACAAGUUUGAUCUUAUGUACGCAAAGAGGGCCUUUGUGCACUGGUACGUCGGUGAAGGAAUGGAGGAAGGCGAGUUCUCUGAGGCACGUGAAGACUUGGCCGCACUGGAGAAAGAUUACGAAGAAGUUGGUGCUGAAGGUGGUGACGACGAGGAAGAUGAUGGUGAAGACUAUUGA